AUGUUUUUCAAGAACCUCGCCCUCGCAGCCCCCCUCUUCGCCGGAGCUUCAACUGCUCUGCCGCAAGCAGCCCCGGGAGCGAAACUUUCACCUGACGCCAAGUUCUCGUUGAUGGCUCUCCGGUCUGGUAGUGAGGUUCAUUUUGCCAGCUUCGAAGCGGCUAAGGGUAGUGUCUUUGUGAAGCUUCCCAGCCAGAACGCCUCCUGCGAUGCUGGCGCUGCCGACCACGCCACGUUCUAUCUUCAAGAUGGCGGUCUCUACCUCUACGCUGCCUCUGCAACACCGCAGCAGCUUUACGCCGAUCGUUCAGGAAUGGGCCAGGGCAAGCUCGGAUAUACAACUGGCGCCCAGCCGGCCCCUAGCAACGGGGAGAGGACUUCCUUCGCGCUUGAUGAAAACAACGACUUGACGGUGAAUGGAGCAGGCUUCCUUGCUUGCCCCAACAGCAUUGAUGGUGCUUGGAGUGUGUGGGUUUCUACGGGCGUCGAGAAGCCUGCUGGAAACCAAGGCUGCCUUGGAAUCUCGGCACGUGCCGUAGAGGCUGCUAACCCUAACGGCUGCCUAUACACACAGUAA